AUGGCCGACGUGCAUUCUGGGUUUGACUUCAACACUACACCGCAUAAACGGAAGCGAAGACCCGACCAUCUUGACGACAAUUCUUUCGGUCGCGAUAUCAAACGGAGGUCAACCCACACUCUGCCAUUCCGACUAAGCCCCUCGCGGCCUCACAUUCCUGCCCCUCAGGCGUACUCACUCUUCACUUCCGUCUACCAACAACCUCCCACUCCCGUGGACACUUCCGAUGAGGAGAGCCUCGACCAGACACAUGAGGAGAAAUUUGGGUCUGAAAGACCUUUGUCAAUGCCGCGCUCCCAAGGAAGUAGCAAUAACAGCCUCUCCUCAAUCCAAGCCCAACAUGGAGAUUCGCUAGACGUCGACAUGGACCAUACAAUGACUUCUACCCCGAUUCCGAAAAUCCGGCGAGCUCGAUCGAACGACAUCAUGCCUCCUCAACGUGACCGGAACUUUUUGAGUGCCAUGGACUCUUUUGCAAGAGAGAGGGUUCCCACACCUAUUAGCAAACAUUUCGAUGACCGCAUUCCGGAUCUACCUAGCGUUCCACGACAUCAAUUUCCGCCUCUCCGGACCAACCUUAGUCCUAUGUUCGAACAGGACUCAUGGAUCACGCGAGACGGUCUUCCAAGUCCUGCGGGAGACGAUGACAUGGACGGUGUCGUGAUGAAUGACGGAAUGAAGAAUGACGAGGCUCAGCUGGAAGAAAGAUAUAGACUUCAACUCGAUGGGCACGGAAGCCCUGGGCGGUCAAGGACGGCGAGACUUCAUAUGGGAUUUCUCACCGGUUGUGACAAAUGCAUUCAGAAAGUGCCAGGUCACUAUAGUCACAUUUUAUGGUCAUGA